CUGCGCCUCUCACUGACUCUCUCCUUCCCUAGCUGCAGCUAACUCGGGUCGGGAAAAUGCGACAGCGACUGCCCACUCCAGGUCGUCAUGGCGACAGCCAGUGAACGUGUUCCUCUCCUCGGGCAGGCCCCCGAGUGUAGAGGAGCUGCUUCGCGAGGCGCAGCUCAAUCUCCAGAGCCUGUUGCAAGAAGAAUAUGAGGAACAGUACUCGGAGGCCAGACUUCUGGGGCAGACCUUCCGCUCUGCUGAUGAGGCCCCUGAGCCCACCCCCAGCCCAAGGCCCCAGUCUGCCAGGCGUCUGGAGUUUGUAUUGAUGCCUACAAAACGGCAGCUGAGCGAGGAUGAGACUACCACCCAGGGUGUGAGGGCCCCUGAGGCCUCCCUGAGCCUGUCUACCACUGCCGACAAGCAAGCUGCCUGGAAUAGCCCCUUCCCUCUGCCCAUCCUAGAGGAGAAGCGGUGGCUUCAGCCCUGCUCCACGCACUCUGACAUUGUGCCCAUCAACAUCUCUGGGCAGCAGUUUGAUAAACACGCAAGUUUGCGACACUCGUUGUUUAACACAGAGACAGCCGUGAACCCCAAGUCCACCCUGAGGCGGAGGCGGACCAUUAUUGGAUUCUCUAACUUUUCCCGGCGAGACCCAGGUCACAGCAACAGCCCAGCAGGCAGUGUGGCCUGCUCUACCACCUCAGACAUCAAGCCCAGUCAUUCAGUUCCAGAAGGCGUUCAUGGCAGAGUUGCAGUUGGUCAGGAAGCUCAGUUCCCAAAUCUCACCUCGCCAGUACUGAGAAAUCCUUCUAGUGAUCCAGAAGAACCUCUCCAGGCACGUGGUGGCACAAACCCUCCUGGCAUGGAGAACAUGGGAAUGGUGUACAGCGUCCCUGGUUCUUGCAAUGGACCAACAGAGUCCACGUUCUCCACUUCCUGGAAGGGAGAUGCUUUUACCUAUAUGGCUCCAAGUGCCACCAAUCAGAGCAAUCAAGUCAAUGAAAAUGGAAAAAAUCCUUCCUCUGGGAAUUCUUGGGUCUCUCUGCACACACUGCCACCUCUGGUUCCUAAGGAGGCUGCUACCCUCUUUGUCACUCGUGAUAACCCAGCAGGAUGCAGUGGAUCAGCUGGCUACUCUGAGCACCCUACUCAACGAAGGCAAGUAUUGGAACGACCCUCCAAGAUUGGCCUUCUGACUGGUGGUACCUCGAGGCUGGAGACAGGCCCAGGUGGGGCCAGCAGGUUCCGGGAGCGGUCACUGUCGGUGCCCACAGACUCAGGCACCACAGAUGUGGACUAUGACGAGGAACAGAAGACCAGUGAAGCCUGUGCCCUGCCUUAUGCCAGUACAAGUUCUGAGGGCAGUAACAGUGCUGACAACAUUGCCUCCCUUAGUGCCCAACAGGAGGCCCAGCACAGACGGCAGAGGUCCAAGAGUAUCUCACUCAAGAAGGCCAAAAAGAAGCCUUCCCCACCAAUGCGCAGUGUCUCACUGGUCAAAGACGAGCCAGUCCUCUUGCCAGAAGGUGGAUCAGCACUACCCAAGGACCAGAGGCCCAGGAGCCUUUGCCUCUCCUUGGAAUGCCAAGGACAUCAUUCAUCCCACCCAGAUGCUCAGGGUCACCCAGCUGUGCCAACCUUCAAAGAUCCAGAAAGUACACAAUUCUCCCACCACUGGUAUCUUACUGACUGGAAGUCUGGUGACACCUACCAAUCUUUGUCCAGCUCCAGCACUGCCACUGGCACCACAGUCAUUGAGUGCACCCAAGUUCAGGGCAGCUCAGAGUCUCUUGCCUCCCCUUCCACCUCCAGAGCCACUACACCUUCCCAACUCUCCAUCGAGGUGGAGGCCAGGGAAGUAUCUUCCCCAGGAAGGCCCACAGGGCUGAUGUCACCCUCCAGUGGUUACUCCAGCCAGUCGGAGACACCAACACCCACUGUCUCCACGUCCUUGACCCUGGGCCACUUGCCCCCUUCAAGCGGCAGUGUCCGAGUACGUCCAGUGGUACCUGAGAGGAAGUCAUCACUACCCCCGACAUCACCAAUGGAGAAAAUUUCCAAGUCACGGCUAUCAUUUGACCUACCGUUGACCUCUUCAACCAACCUCGAUCUGUCUGGGAUGAGUAUCUCCAUCCGAAGCAAAACCAAGGUGAGCCGGCAUCACUCAGAUACAAAUUUUGGGGCCAAGCUGGCCCAGAAAACUAGCCCCAACCAGCCAAUCAUGCCCAUGGUUACUCAGUCUGACCUACGGUCUGUUCGCCUGAGGUCAGUCAGCAAAUCUGAGCCAGAAGAUGACAUCGAGGGCCCUGACUAUGCUGAGGAAUCAGGAGCAGAAGUCUUCACCUUGCCAGAAAGAAAAAUGAAACCUCCCAUAGCUGAGAAGCCCCCACUGGCUCGAAGGCCUCCAAGCUUGGUCCACAAGCCACCAUCUGUCCCUGAAGAGUACUCACUAACUUCUCCUACCUUGGCUAUGACCCCCAAGAGCUCAAGUCAACACAUGAGGCCACUCCCUCAAGACAUCUACAUGGUGGUGCGGAAACCAAAGUCCUCCAGCUUCCCUGAGGGCAGAAGCCCAGGGGAGUCCACAGCACCCUCACCUUUUGUUUUCACACCUUUUGCCAGUUCCUCUAUUGCUUUCUUCUCAGGAACACAGCAAUCUCCCCAGGGAAGUGCGGAGGAUGAGGGCCCCAAGGUGAGAGCCCUGCCUGAAAGAAUUAGUCUCCAGAGCCUGGAAGAAACUGAGAAAAAGAAAGGCAAGAUUCCACCUCCCGUACCAAAAAAGCCCAGUGUGCUCUACCUGCCUCUCACCUCACCCACAGCUCAAAUGGAGGCCUAUGCGGGCGAACCAAGACUGCCUCUCAGCCCCAUCAUCACCCUGGAGGAAGAUGCCAAGUGUCCCCCCACCGGAGACCACUUGCAACCACCUGAUACAAGGAUAACUUCAACGUCGCAGGCUGACGGUGAAAGGGAGGCAAGCCCUCUGGGAAGUUCUAUGGAACCAAACACCGAAGAAAAAAGUGUAAUCAGUGAUAAAACGGCCGAAUGGAUUGCGGAAGAUGAUGACGACGUGUUUGUGGCCUCACGCACAACUGAAGAUUUAUUUACUGUAAUACACAGGUCCAAAAGAAAGCUGCUUGGCUGGAAGGAGCCUGGUGAGGCCUUUGCCGGCGGCAGUAGACCAAGUUCCCACUCACCAAUAAGGAACACAGCUGAUUCUCCAAUUAGUGAGUUGGCUGCCUCUGCAGGGUCAAGUGGCAGUGCCAACCUAGAUGCUGGCAGAAAUGAUGAUUUCAAGGCCUUGCUACAGAAGAAGGGAAGCAAGGCAACUCCAAGGUCCCGCCCCUCAGCAGCUGAAUUGCUGAAGACCACUAACCCACUGGCUCGGAGAAUUAUUGCACAAUUUUCAAAAGACUACGAAACCACCGAUAACCCCAGUACCUAAGCCCUGGGUUCAGCAAGCAGGGUUUAGUUACUAAACUUGAAUAGAGAAUGGGGAAGAGAGUUUUAAAAAGGAACCAUGGAAAUAACAAAAGAGCCUACAUUUCUUUUACAUUAACUCACACUCUGGACAGCAGGAGAGAGGCCACUUUAUCUAGAACUAAAAUCGUCAGGCACUUUAAGCAUCUUCAGACACUUUACGUUUUCAUACUUACGGUCUUACCAUUACUGACUACCGAUUUUCUCCUUAUUUUCCCCCAAUGGUGUGCACUAAGAAGAAAUUCUCAGAUGCAAGGGCACAUAUGCCAUCUUUUCAAACAAUGGUCAGGCUGCUCCAACCAUGGCUCCUGUCACUGAGGGGUGUAGGGUGAGAGCAGAUCGGGGGCUGCCAAACCUGGGGAGCAUAGGGUGCCAGUGCUGAGUAUUCCCUUUCCUGGUAAGGCCUUGAUGGCCCUGUAUGGAGAAACAGAAAGACUGAUGCCUCUUCAUCUCCGGUUUAACUCUCCCCCACAAGAGGUUUGCAGGUGUGCACUUAUUUCGGCAUGGGGUUGAUUGAAUGGCUUUUGUCGUACAAAAUAUGAAUGUGUCUCUGUCUUGAACUUCAUGCCUUUUUAAGUUUGAUUGUCUACACGGAGAUCAGAGUGAUGAGUUUCAAUAAACAUAUAGACCCGCCCCCACCACUCCUUAGCUUGAAAAGGUCAGGACUGGGUUGCUUUGGGUGAACCAAGCUCAGCCAAUAAACGAGGCAGCCAUUCAUUCACUCAAAUCUAUCCAAGGUAACUCGCACAGGCGCCUUGAAGAUCCUUCAAGUGUCUGUCAGCAAUGAUAGCUAGGAUCUGUGCCCAGCUCAUGCUGCAUUCUAAGAACUCUUGUUUCAUUUGCAUAUAAGAUUCAUUAUAGGAAGUAGUAAGCUGAAGGAACAGCAUCAUCAAAGGCUCAAGGAGGAGAAAGUAAGAAAGUGUAACUUGCCCCCCACCAUUUAGUUCAGAUUGUGGUUUGUGGUUGGUUUUGUUUUGUUUAAAGGAAGCCUUACUCUGUUCCAAAACCGAGAACAUAUAGACUAAAAGGAUAUGUCCAAAAUCUAAAAUGCAGCCUUACAAGUUGCUAUGGCUCAUAACACCAAAAAAGGGCUACUUUUUGCCAUUUAGGUUCUGCUGUUUGACCAACUUUCAAUUAACCAUGCUUGGGGAGAGUGUGAGAACUGGGGUAAAUGGGUUGCUGACAGACCCCAGAAUAAUCAUGGCGACCCUCCCAAAAAAUUUAUAGGCACUAACUAUUCUUGUCAGUUCAAUUUUCUAAGCAGAGCAAGAGCAGUGAUUCAUUUGAUUUUCAUGUCUGGUUUCUGGGAGGUUGGGGGAAAAAACAGACAAAGCAUUGAACAAAGAAAACUGGCUGACCAAGAAUGGAGGGUUAAUUGCCCACCAUUCCCAAGAGGGAAAAAGAAAAGUCAAAUGAAAUUGUAGUCUGUUCGCAAAAAGCAUUCCCCGACCCCUUCCUCCUUCAUCUCCCACCCAACAGAUUCAUUGGUCCACCUCCUGGAGGAUGCAAAAACUGCCCCAGAGACAAGCAGAUCUUGAUUUUGAUAGGUCACAUUGCUCACCAAUGAGAAGCAAGCUCUGAACUACCCACACUCCAGUGGACAGAGCAGCUGAAAAACCACUCAGUUCUGAGGAGAUUUGGGCCUGGCACACAGAAGCCCUAGGCCUAGGUCCUUGGUUGGUACAGUUCUGAACUCUAGGCUUGUGAGCACAGGCCCACCAAUCAGCACUUGCAAUCAGCACUUCCCAGUUGCUUUUGAAAUCAUUCCAACUACUUGGUUUGAAGGUCCUGACCAAAUUUCAGGAGUUUUGUCUGAAAUAAAAUAGAUUCAUUCCUGGCCUUUAUUUAUAUAUGAAUGCCACACUUGUCUGCCUCAGACUCAGAAUUCCAAAAGAUGGAAACAUUUUCCUCUGUAGAGAAAUGAAGGAGUGUUCGUCUUUUUGCCUAACAGAAGAGAAAAGCUGCCAGGGCCUUCUCCUUGGGAACCAUUAUGAAUAGCUGAACUCUAAAGCUAAGUAUGAGACUCACAUAGUAUAGGACUUGUUACUUCUGCUGAUUUUUCUGGAAGCUUCUUGUUUGCUACUUCUAGUGGGUUUGCCUCUCCCCUCACCUUGCUUCCUCUGGUGGUUUUCCCAAAAGAAUCUAAAGCUGAAUGCCCAGACACCUUUACAUUUUUCAAUUACCUUGAGUCUUGCUUUUCUCUACAAUACUCUGUAUGUCUGGAGUUUUUAGAAUAUCUUCUACAUCAUCACUGUGGCCCUCAAAUGCCCAGUAGUGUUUCCAUUUGCACAAGAGGAUUUGGGGCAGAGAUUGUAUGGUCAGAGGUAACAUUAAGGAUUGCAAAUAUUCAUUUAAUAUUUUUCAACAUGUAGACCUAGUCUCAAACAAUCAACCAAACUGUAGAAUUUCUACCAAUCAUUAAUGAACAUAACACCGAACAUCUCUCCUACUCCUAACACUCAACCUCUCUCCUCCCCUUGCUUAUCAUAACACCAACUCUCUCUCCCACCCAGGCACAUACCAGUGUUUGCUGCCUUCUGCACCUACCCGUUGAGACUGAUGAAGAAGGCUGAAAGGCCCUCCAGGAAGGCUUUCAGAGAACCUACUUCUGUCACUAUUACUAGUGCGAAUAGUAAAUGAUAACAGUUUUUGAAAGUGGAAUACACAAAGGGUUCAAAUGAAAUGAAGUUGUCCCCGGGAGGUCAGCUUCUCGUUCAAGUUGUUUUUACCCCUUCAUUUCCUCUGAUUCCAACCAAUAGCAGCAGGUGGCUCUACUAGGCUGACUUCAGUCUAGUCAGGAGUAGAGGAAGUCCUCCCCAGGAGAGGAGGUUAAUUGAUAGCUAAGAGUGCUUUGCACUUGGUGGGUAUUCAUUAUGUAUUUGUGGUUCAAAUGUUGAGGGUAGAGAGCAAAUCAUUCUCAGUACAAGAGGAAGCUUCUCUGGUGGCUCUGCUCCUUUCCCUGACUCAGUCUCUUGUCUGGGUCUCCCACCUGGCCCCAACGCGUCCUUCAGCUCCAAUUCCUGUGAACUGCAUCCCUAGCCGACAGCUCACCCUUUAAGGAGGCAAGACCAGAAGCAGCAAAAUAGUUUGUGUUAGCUUAAUGACCACAAAUCAACCAGUUGAUCAGCAGGCAUUACCUUGAAUGUGCAAAGACAAAGGAGAUCUACAAAGCUCUUGCAACAAGUAUUUCGCGGGACGUCCAUUGUAACUCUGUAGACAACACGGAUCGUAUUGCGAUCCUGCGGGACCUAUCAGUCUGAGCAGAUCUGUCCAUGCACCUGCCCUCUUCCUCAUAAGCAAACUAUUCCCUAAAAAGAUGAGUUCAUGGUCAGUGCUCCAUUCGUCGCCAGUGCAGCCUUCCAUUACCACCAAGUCUGUAACAUAAUGGUGAUAUAUGAUUUGCCAGGGCCAGGGCUAGAGUGAGGUGAGUGAGGCGCCUGGGGUACAAAAUUUAAGGAGGCACCCACUCUCAGGGCCAUGCAAGUGCCUUACCCUCGUCCUGGCCCUGCUAUUUGCACUCUAUAAAGUAGUAUUCGUUUAUCUUCUUCCUGUGGACAAGUAGAGUUCUUCUGAUUUAGGGGGGUAACUGUCCCUAUCUGUUGUUGUACCAAAUGUUUUGUUGCCAUCUAUUUUUUCCAUUGCUGUAAACCUUUGUAUGCCUACACAUCAAAGAGUCUUCAGUAUCAUCAGAAAACAUGAUUGCUUUCUAAAUAACCUGCUCCAGGUGGCAAGUUAGCACCCAUUUCAGUAGGAAUGCUGACAGGGACAGCCUUUCAGCAAAAUGGUGAAUGAGUUGGAGGUGAGUCAUUGGGAUCCUCGGUCUCCUCUUUCUGCUCCAUUCUCCCCAGACCUUGCUUCCCAGCACCAACUCUCCUGAGUGCCUCCUAGUUUGUUCUCCUCCUCGCUAAAAAAAGCAUGCUCUCAGGAAAGGGAUCAGUUCCUUUACUUUGAGAUUAUAAGGCUGAAUGCUACCUCUUUUGAGGGUUGCUUGCAUUUUAACAGGGGAAAAGCCUUAAGCCAAAGGAAUGAAGUUCUACUUGUAGAAUUUUAAGCAUCAAUUAGUUGCAGAAGUGUAUUUUUCACCAUGAAGAGGCCAAAUUCCCUGACAGCUAACUCCAGAAUAUAGAAAAUAUCUUAAUCUUCUGGAAUUAUCUUAGUAAAUUGCUGAUGGUUGAUUAAAUUGUCCUGAUACCCAGUCUUGUUCAGUGUGGUUACUACCAAAGGACUCUCAGAAAUGGUUACUAAAAGCCACUGAGAAGGCCUAGAUAAUUUAUAUUGUACAUCAUUAACAUUUUUACACAAAUGGAAUUAAUACUACUUAUCAUUUGAGAAACAGAACCCAAGGAUUUAAAGAGUUUGUGAAAAUGUGUCCUGUUUGUGAAAGGUGAAACCGUCCAAUCAAUGUCCAAGCGAUGUCAGUCGUCUGGUAUCAGUGGUGGUGAUUAAACUUAUUGGAGGUACAACUUUGUUGAACACAAUUCUCUGCUUCCCCCUUCACUUAUCUAUGUUUUGUGCUAUCACUUCAGCUUGGUGUGAGAAUAAGACCAGAUCUAUACCAGAGCACCCAGUCCCUCUGAAGCCUUUGCAUGUAUUUCAGCUAUAAGUGACUAAGAUAUUAGGGAUUUAAAAGGACAAGAGAGUGGGAAAGAGGUACAAAGAGCUGCCUUUGUCAAAGAGCAGCAAAACUUAUAAUGAUUUAAACAAUGACAUGAAAUAAAGUUUUAGAACACUCUGAAACAGAUUUAUAGAGCAAUACAGUAGUAAAUGGUUGUAGACACACAUUUGAGGCGCUUUUAAUAAGUUUAGCAAAAGGAAAUUUGUGUAAGUAAUGGAUUAUGUGAAAUAGGUAUAUACUUUUGUUUAGUAAGGCCCAAAAUCUAGGCCAGUGGUUCUCAAAGUGUGGUCCCAGGACCAGCAGCAGCAGCAUCCCUGGAAUAUAUAUGUGUAUGUGUGUGUGUGUGUGUGUGUAUUCCAGUGAUGUUCCUUCUUCAAGCCCCUAAGUCGCUAUAGCCAUGACUCUCCAAAUGAUUCCAAUCUUUCCUGUCAUUUCUGCCGUCAUUACAGUGAUCAGUCUCUGGCCAAGUGAUGGAUAUCAUCAUGUUGAGCAAGUAUAUGUUUGAUGUUAAUAAAUUACCAUAUUGAAUCAAUGUUAAGAAAUUACCAGAUUGUUCAACCUGCAAAACGUUUGCUUUGACCUAGCCAGCACAUCCGGCCUGUUUUUGGUUUAAAAAAAUUUUUUUUUAAUUCACAAAUAGGAAAAAGGAAAAGGUGUUAGUUUGUUUGGUUUUGCCAACCCUUGAAUACCUGUCUUCACCAUGGUAGCUGUUUUCUAAGAGGGCUCUGGCAGAAGUAUAUUUGAUUUUAAGAUUUUGCCUAAAUAGUGAAAUUUGAUAUCAACAAAUCCACAAACAAAAUCUGAACUAGAACAAACAGUUAACCCCUCUCAGCCUCUCUUUAAUGCCAAGCUUUAUAGAAAUUUAUUCCCUACAUGACAUUGAGUUUUUUUUAAUGUCCAAUUUUAUAAAAUGUUAUGCAUGCAAAUGCAGCAUCGUGCUCAUUGUACAAUUCACCCCAAACUCAUUUCCUCCUCCAUAUGUAUGAUGGUGAAGAAAUAUCAAUAUGUAUGUUCUUACCUCUCCUGAUCAAUUGUAAAUUACAAAUCUUUUCAUUAAUUUUUAAAUGAGAUAUAUUUACUCUGGCUAGUAGUUAAAAUUUUAUUCUUUUUAUUAUAUUUCAUUGCUACUCUUUUCUACUGACUCCAAAGCUUACUUUGGGGAAUAUUUCUUAUUUUUAGAUUGUUGUAUUUAUCUUAUUUCUAUAUUUAUCUGUAGUCACAGAAUGUUAGAGCUGAAAGGGACCAACCUCUUAUUUUACAGAUGAGGAAACUGAGGCCCAAAAAGGUCAAAUAACUUACACAAGGUCACACAGUGGCAGGGCCUGGCCUCAAUCCCAGGUCUCCUGCCUCUGGGCCCAGUGUUUUUUCAUUUAAAGCACUACAUUUAUAGAAGACCUACAGCUGGCUUCUACUUUUAUGAUACAUGAAUUUCCCAGGUAUUUCAGUUAACUAAUACAUAUGCUUUAAGGAAAAAUGCUCAAGAGUUCUUUAGUUCAUGAAUCCAAAGACAAAUCCAAUUUUCAGCGUAGAAACAUUCCUUUCCCUCCAGAGUCAUUAUUUGUACCCUACUUUGUACAACAGACGUUUUCCCUAAAAGUUAUUUGAUAAAUGAAUUUUUAUAGAUCAAAUUCCAUUUUUUAGUAGAGAAGCUUCCUGUGUAAGGGAAUCUUCUGGUGACUUCUUUUGAAAAACGAAGAAUCCUCUUGUCAAUGUCCCCUAAUGUCUCUACUUUUUUUUAGUGCGAACUUUUGUAAUUGGUGUUUAUUUAAAGUAGGGCAAACCAAUAUAGGUUUUCCUAGAAUCUACUUUAUCCUUCCAUUCUUAAACUUUAUGACAUAUUUUCAGACUGUUAGAUGCUCAUAAGAUACUUAGUUGUGUUCUAGAAACUUCACCUUGCUUGAUAUUUUGUCAAUCCCUGGGCUCAAUCUCUAUUUCCAUCUUAACAAACAAUAACAGAAUUCCUUAAUCAGUACUGAGCUCUGCAUGCAGUCUCUUUUCCAGAACAUUCUUUGCCUAAUGCUCCUUAGUGUGACUCUAUCUAUUCUUGGGCUUCUUUCCAUAGUUCACGCAUACCUCACUAUUCUGUGGAGUUGGAGGCAGUGCCCCUUUAGGGCUGUCCUAGUCAUAUGGAGUGGUAUUUCCAGUUAUUUCCAUUAUUCCCUUGUUCUUCCUGGACCUCCUCUGGUUUCCCUUUUCAGGAAUGCUCAGAGAUUGGUAGGAUUUUCCCCCAUCAUCUAGACCAGGAGUUGACAAACUUUUUCUGUAAAAGGCCAGAUAGAAUCUAUUUUAGGCUUUGUGGGGCACAUACAGUCUCUGUAGCAUAUUCUUCUUCUUUGUUGUUAUUUGUAACACUUUAAAAAUGUAAAUACCAUUCUUAGCUCUUAGGCCAUAUAAGCUGCAGGCUGGAUUUGGCCCGCUUGUCAUAGUUUGCUGACCCUUGGUCCAGACUACCUUCUGGGACAGGCAUUUCUGUGACCGCCCCAUGUAAUAAUUGGGUUGUGUACUGGAUGAUGUGGCUCACUGCCCUCCCACCUACUACACUAUCAGACCAGUCUGCACAGAGGUGGGUGGAGAAGGGGCUGCAUAAGUCAACCAUUACUCUUCGAUAGGGUGCCCUUCAUAGACUCUCGUUCAUUCUUUCUGCCUCUCUCUCUCUCUCUCUCACUGACUACCUCGAUAUAGAAACCAUCAUUCUUCUAUCCAGACCUCCUGUCCUCAUUAUCCAAUGUGCCUCUGCUUGCUCGAGUUUGGGGUGGCCUGACAGGGAAGAAGGGAUUUCUGAGUUUUCUUAUUUCUUUUGUCCCAUGAUUACUCCCCCAAACUGUGGUUGGGGACCCCUGGCCUGGGUUAUCUGCCCUGGCCUGCCCCCUACUGCCAUCACGAGUUUAGGGCUGUCUCUGGAAAGUCUGGUGGCCCAUGCCAUGAGAUUCCAUUCCAGUCUACAAUUUCCUAGGGAAGUCACCAGCUCUCUUGGUUCCAAUGGCUGGUUUUAAAACCCAGAAUGUCCAUGUGUUCAAUUUCUAGUGCGAUUAGGACCUAUUCUAGACUCAGCCCCAGCAAGAAAACCAAUGAGGUACAGAAGGUAUUCUGUGCCCACAGUUCUUCCUUGCCUAAACCCCCUGCCUCCUGGGCCCCCAGCUCCCAGGAUGGACUCCUUGGGAUGCCCCAUGCAGUACCACAACCAGCAGGCUUUCAGCACACUACCGCCUCCUCGCCUCUGAACCUCUAAAAGGAUUCCUUAAAGGUUUUUCACUUCUCUCUCCAUCUCACUCCCAUCUCUACCUCUCAUGCUACUUGGGGGGUUAAAGCUCAGAUUCACAUUUUCACAUUUGCUCAUAUAAACAUUGGGGGAUACGAGUGAAUGAGAAGGUAUGGGCCUGUGUGCGUGAGCAUGGUUUCUCCACCUGGACUGUGAAGGCCCCAUUCACUAAUAGAUCACACACACACCCUAUCCAGUGCUCUCAUCAGUUCGCUGGUCCAGGUCCAGGUCUGAUGGGGCUGGUCAAGGAGAAGGGGAUGGUGGCGGCUCCUGAGGAAUUUCCCUUCUCUUGCCUUUUGAGACCUUCUUUCCACUGGUUUGUGCUGGCUUCUCCCAGGAAGCCAUUUGAAGAAACUCCUCUGUAGCAAUUCUGGACAGGCCAACAUACAGAAGGCUAGGACUUGAAUUCGAUAUGGACUCAGUCACUCAGACACAUCUCUCAGGCUGCAGUUUUUCCUAUCUAAGCAAAUUGCUUCUUAGGACCUUUAGCUUGCUGUCUGUCAUUUGAGCCCAGGGAUCUACCCACUUACUGAAAUCUAAAUUUUAAAAAGUCAGAGACACAAGUAACUUUUAGGAUUUCCCUAUCUGAAAGCAUUCCUGAAACAGUUUCUUUCUGCCUUUUGUUUAAGAUUUCCAGACUUAGGAAGGGAACCAGGCUUGCGCCUCAGACUCUAAGGCAGCAAAAGUACUACACUUGCCAAAAGCAAAAUGAGGACAGAAGAUUGGCUAGUCCUACUAGGCAUAGUCAGGGAAUGGACUCUUGUUCAGUUAGCACUUAUGGUUCAAUGCUUACUGAGUGCCAACAAUGCACUUAAGAAAAAUAAGGGAGACAGGAAUUUACAGACCAGUGUCCUAAACUAGAAGGUAGAGAUAAGGCAAUUCCCCCCAGUGAUAAGAAUCUGUCCCUCGAUAAAAAUUUCAAGAAGCAGCAGAAACUAGAAGAGAUCGUAAUCCCAGUCUUCUUAGAAUUCCAACACAAAAUGGAAGGGAGCCUUCUGUGGGGUGAUAUUACAAAGGGUUUUUCUUGUCUUUCUUUUUUUAAAAACAAACAUUCCUUACUGGCUUGCUACCAGCAAUUGAACUGUAUUCUUUAUAGAGUUAUAGCUGU